AUGGCUGUCGCGCGCGUUGCGGCGGCGCUGCUUAUGUUCGCCGCCGCCGCCGCUGUCGCCGCUGGUGAAGGGCCCGUCGCGAGCGGGGCGUUAGCGAGAGCGAGAGUGGGCGAGCUGGCUGGGGUACGGCGGCGAAAUGGUUCGGGCGGUGAGGCGCGGGAUGACCGUGGAUGGCGCGUGGGUGGGAACGACGAUGCGUGGAGGGGGUAUGAGGUUGAAACGGGCACGAGGGGGGAUGUCGUGAGUGAUCGUGUAAUUGGGGGAUUACUAGAUGGCGCUGACAAUGACGGAGGUGACAGUGACGGAGGUGACAGUGACGGAGGUGACAGUGACGGAGGUGACAGUGACGGAGGUGAUGGUGAGAGUGAAAGUGCUGAUGGCGACGAUGUGGGUGGGUGGUUGUCAGGGCGGCAGUCACAGCAGGCCGCGCGUGGCGGCGACGAGAAGGGGACGCGACAGCGGUCGCCAAGGGGCGCACGGUGGGAGGGGCAGGGGGAGCGGAAGCGGGAGGGGAGGUGGGAAGCGAUACGGGGAAGGGAGGUGGCGGAGACGCGACGAGCUUCAGUGCGCGGAGAGGCGCGCAGGCGAGGGGAGGGCAGGCGAGGCACGGGUGGGCGACGCAGGCUGGCGGAUGGGCAAGGCAGUGAGGGGGGCGGUGGCAACGACGUCAGCAGCGAUGGGCAUGAGGGCAUGCACGUGGGCGCGCGUGGGGGCAUGGCGGGCCCUGGGCGCCCUGAUCGCCAGCUGCCGCCAUCCAUGGCGUUGAGGCGGCGUCUGUCGGAGUACCGUCGGAUGCACCGCCGCUGCACGCAGAUCCACGACUGGCACGCCUUCUACAGCAACCCGUCUACGGGGUGGAAGGAUGGCAUUGAGGGGCUGGGGAACUGCAAGUAUCUCUUCUAUAUGCCGCCCGCUCGCCAUGGGGUGGGCAAUCGCAUAAUGGCGCUCAUCUCAGCCUUCUCCUACGCGCUGCUCACCAACCGCACGCUCAUCAUUCCGCCCGACUCCUUCCUCUGCCGCUUCUUCUGCGACCCCUUCCCCGGCUCCUCCUGGACCAUCCCGCUCGAUGCCUUCAACACCAUAUCCCAGACGGUGCACAGGUCGCCGGCACGCAACCGAGGCAUCGUCGAUGGAUGGGAUGGCCAUGACGUCAGCAUGCACAUGUCAUGGGACUCCAAGGCGGACACGUGGGGCAUGUUCUGUGAGGCGGAGCAGCAGGCCAUGGCAACAGCACGCUUCGCCACACUCUACACCGACUACUUUCUCGUGCCGCACUUCUACAUGGUGCCCAUGCUGCAGGUGCAGCUCGACACCCUCUUUCCCGAUCGACGAGUCUUCACCCACCUUUCGCGGUAUCUGCUGCACCCGGCCAACUACCUGUGGGAUCGCAUCACCCGCCUCUACCAUGGGCACCUCGCCCACCACUCCCUCACCGUCGGCCUGCAGAUCCGCGCAUUCGAGGAGACAGAGGAGGAUUUGAUGGUGAAUGUGUUUGAGUGCGCCACCAACAUCGCCAGAGUGCUGCCACCUGUCAUGCCCACUGACCAAUGGCGCCAAACCGCUACAUCUGUGACGGAGGAGGCGCUGCUGGGCGUGCGCGGACGCAGCAUCGGGGCGCUGGUGGUGUCGCUGAACCCCACGCACGGCGCCAAGCUGCGCGACCGCUACAUGCUGGGCAAGCCGCUGGAUGGCAGCACUGUGUCCGUCUUCAGUGUGAGUGGCGAGGGCGAAGAGAAGCAGGACGACCUGCUGCAGUACGAGCUCGCCGUCACCGAGAUGUGGCUCCUCGCUUUCUGCGAUGUGCUGUUGGUGACGGACACGUCAACGUUUGGUUACGUGGCGGCGGGGGUGGCGGGGGUGACGCCCUACACCAUGAACGUCGCCAAGUGGAAGCACAGCGACUGGCGCUCCAACGGCCGCCUCGCCUGCAUGCUCGGCUCCUCCGAGCCCUGCUACGUGCACAAAGUGGAGGAGCAAGUGCUGUGUCCCGGAGAGCCAGAGAAGCGGCCGCUGGAGAACAUACCGCAGACGCGGGCGUGCCACGCGACGGGCGUGGGGCUCACCACCAACCUGCCGCCGCUGCCGCUGCCGUUGCCGCUGCCCUCCCAGCAUGACGGCUUGGGUGGCGCACAACAAGCUCUACCAGCUGCUGCUGCCGCUGAUUCUGCUGCUGGCAUGGGUGCAGGGUCAGCAACAGCAGAGCGGGGAGGGCGAGAGGGGGAAGGGCGGGGUGAGCAGCGGGAAGGGGAGCAGGGAGCAGGGGAUGCAGCGGAUGGAGACCCUUAUUAUCUCGAUGAGGAGCACACUUGA